CUCUCCAUCUCUCUCUCUUAAAAAGCACCCCCUCUUAUUGUGGCUCUCUCUCUCUCUCUCUCUCUCUCUGCGUUGCGAUCCUCACACCACAAUCUCAUCCUCUCACAGAUUCGUCCUCUUCUUCUCGAUCCCCAACUGGUAAUCAUGAGUGACCAGGGAGAAAAGACUUGUCCUCUUUGUGCAGAGGAGAUGGAUUUGACAGAUCAGCAAUUGAAGCCAUGUAAAUGCGGUUAUGAGAUAUGUGUUUGGUGUUGGCACCACAUAAUGGACAUGGCUGAGAAGGAUGAGACAGAGGGGCGGUGUCCUGCAUGCCGCACUCCUUAUGAUAAGGAAAAGAUUGUAGGGACGGCUGGAAAGUGCGAGAGAUUGGUGGCUGAAAUCAAUACCGAGAAAAAGAUGAAGUCUCAGAAGGCAAAGGUUAAAUCGACUGAAGGACGGAAGCAGCUCAGCAGUGUGCGAGUGAUUCAAAGGAACCUUGUUUACAUAGUUGGGUUGCCUCUUAAUCUGGCAGAUGAAGAUCUUCUGCAGCGCAGAGAAUAUUUUGGUCAGUAUGGCAAGGUUUUAAAAGUUUCUAUGUCCCGAACUGCAGCUGGUAUCAUUCAGCAAUUUCCAAACAAUACAUGUAGUGUAUAUAUUACUUACUCGAAAGAAGAGGAAGCGGUUCGUUGUAUUCAAAAUGUACAUGGGUUCCUCUUGGAUGGUAGAUCGCUGAGGGCAUGCUUCGGGACCACAAAGUAUUGUCAUGCAUGGCUGAGAAAUGUGCCUUGCACCAAUCCUGAUUGUUUGUAUCUGCAUGAGGUUGGGUCUCAGGAGGACAGUUUCACUAAAGAUGAAAUAAUUUCUGCAUACACUAGGAGUAGGGUACAACAAAUUACCGGUACUGCAAACAGUAUGCAACGGCGUUCAGGGAGUGUUUUGCCUCCACCACUAGAUGAUUAUUGUAACAGCAGUUCUACUUCUGCUGGAGGACCAAUUAUUAAAAAUGGUUCAAGUAAUACUGGAAGCCUUCUUAGAGGUUCUCCUCCAAAUGGAAGCUCUGGUAGAUCUAUUGCUCUUCCAGCUGCAGCCUCAUGGGGAACACGUGGUUCAAAUUGCCAACCACCAGCUACAAGUAUAAUAAAUUCGAAUGGACAUACUAAACAGAAACCUGAUGUCAAUUGCACAUUGCCAUUUUCUUCAGCAGCGGUUGCUACUACUCAGGCUUCUGUACUGCAUAGCGAUGCAGGAAAGAGGUCAGCAUUAAAUGAUGAAAGUCAGACUAUGCAUGCUAAAGGUAAACCAGAAUCAUUGAAGAUUGUGAGACAGAAUAGUGGCGUGGAUUGUCAGAAUGACCUGUCUGACGAACCUGCUGCACCCGAUGAAGCUCCUGCUUCUGUGAAUGGGAGUAGCCCUUUAUCUUCCCCCCAAACAACCAAGGAUAAUGAUAGAGGCAGCAGCAUGCAGCCAAACAUCAGCAAUGCCACCAACCAUAGUCAUAUAUCUUACGGUUCCCGUCAUGAAAAAGAAAACAUUGUUUCCACUGAAGAAGUGGUCCAAGAUAGAAAUUCCAUGGUAGAACAUUCUGGUGUAGUCAGAUCAAAUAGUUCACUUUCUGAUAAUUCUGUGAUUAAAUCGCCUCGGAACCAAGGGUUACAGCAAUAUUGUGCUGAGCAGUCCAGAGAACCUCCAAUAACUGCUGUGACAGCUGUUAAUGCAAUGUGUGUUGCAAGGGAACAAGCCAACUGGAUAUCAGAGUCACAAGCACAACUAGUACCAAAUGCAUCUUUUGAGGUGGAAGAGGAUGUACUAUCUUUCGACAAUCAGAGACUCAAGGAUCCAGAAGUGAGUCGUUCAACAUAUUUGCCUAGUUUGGCUAAUGCGGUCCAUGUUUCAAAUCAUUCUAGGUCUCCAUUGUUGCAUAGUGAAGCUUAUGGUGCAGUUUAUUCAAAUGUUGAUCGUCCAUUUGUUGAUAACAAAAUGAGGGACAGUUCACUUCUAUCUUCAUCCAGUAUUUCAGUAACAUCUAAUGGUUACCCUGAGAACUUGGUAAGCAGAUCUUCUGGUUCAGAAAGGCCGUUGGAGCAUUCCUUUCUGCUUCCAAAUGAAGGCCCAGGGAAGCACAGUGGAAGAUUCCUGGAUGAUGCAGCUAAUGCGGAUUUCAGUGCUGCUGUUGACAAGGGAGAGAGUAGCAUAAUCUCAAAUAUAUUAUCAAUGGACUUUGACACUUGGGAUGACUCAAUAGCGUCACCACAGCAUUUUUCGAAAUUAUUGGGUGAAACUGAUAGACAGCCUGGAGCUCUCAAAAUGUCAAGUCCUUGGAAAGUACAAAAUAACAAUCAGUCCAGAUUCUCUUUUGCAAGACAGGAGGAUUCUAAAAAUCAAGCAUUCGAUGUACAGUCAUCUCUGAAUGUCGUUGGGCAGUUUUCUAAUAACCAAUCAUUCCACCAUGGUUUUUCUGAAAAUAGAGAUUUAGGUUUGGAGAAUCUUGGAAUUGGAAAUGGUUUUUCAUCUAGCUCUUAUGAAGAACCUGAAAAUCAUGGCAGCAAUCAUUUAGCUCUUUCUUCUAACAAGCUUUCUGUGGUUUCAAGGGCUCAAAUUUCUGCUCCUCCUGGAUUCUCUGUGCCAAGCAGGGCACCACCACCAGGCUUUACUUCUCAUGAGAGAGUGGAUCAGGAGUUUGACUCUCUGGCUGGGAAUCAUUUGUAUGAUACUUCCUCUUUGUUGAGAAAUGCAUAUCAACCUCAGGCAACUGGUAAUAUUGGUAGCUCUGGGGAUAUUGAGUUUAUGGAUCCUGCUAUAUUGGCAGUUGGUAAAGGGCGACUGCAAGGUGGGCUUAACAACCCCGGCCUUGAAAUGAGAUCAAACUUCCCUUCACAGUUAAGUGCCUAUGAAAAUGAUGCAAGGCUUCAACUGUUGAUGCAAAGAUCCCUCACCCCACAACAAAACGUUAGAUUUCCUGAUUUUGGCGAUGGUUUUUCUCACGUCAAUGAUUCUUAUGGAAUUUCUUCGAUGCUUUUGGAUCAAUCUCAGACUAGCAGCAAUCUAUCCCCUUUUGCUCAAUUGUCCCUCCAACAACAGUCUAGAAACCGGGUCAUGUCAAAUGGACACUGGGAUGGGUGGAAUGAGGCUCAGGGUGGAAGCACUCUGGGUAUGGCAGAGCUCUUGAGAAAUGAGAGACUAGGGUUCAACAAGUAUUAUUCUGGUUAUGAAGAUUCAAAGUUUCGGAUGCCCAGUUCUGGUGAUCUGUAUAACAGAACAUUUGGGAUGUAAUAUUGCAAAAUGAUAGCUUUGCAUGGUUGGGGAAUGUUCAAAAGGAAUCGAGGGCUGUGUGGUUGUGUGACCUUGUAUUCACGGAUGGGACUGACUCAUAACUGGUCUUUGCCUCGGCAGCCUUAUGUAGGGUCAAACUCCCGUAACUUUUGGGGUCUGUAAUCCUGCAGGUGGGGGUGAUAAAUGCUUGAUGUGAAGCUUGUAUUGCGGGUUGCUGUAUAUGGUCAAUUCGGACCGGCUGAUCAUCCAGAUGAUGAGUAUUCAACUCCCUGCUGUACGAAUAUUUGAUUGUUGCUCUCACAACUAAAUGGCUGAAAUCUGACCCCUUUGGGGAGUUUUAUACUGCGCUAACUGUUUAACAUGACAAAAUGGAUAUUAAUGAAUUUACACCUUUUUUUCCCUUCUAAGUUUCUAUUUGUAUUGUGUUUGCAAAGUUCAGAACAGAGAAGUGAUUGGAAUUAAAAAGUAUUUCGUGCAAUUAUUUUCUGAGUGGGGUGUGUGCUGUAACUAAGCGGGAUGGUAAUGUUUUGUAUUUUCCAAAAAAAGAAAAGAGGAAGAAAAAGCUAGAAGCUAUUAUUUUGAA